AGCAUCCGUGCAGAGAGAAAACCGUGCACAGCUCAGGCAGGACUAAUUGUGUGUGUAUAUAGAUGUGUGGAGAAACACAGGAAGAGAGACUGCAUUGAGAGCUUAGGCACCUGAAGAAAAGGAAUUGUUCUUUUAUUGCUGGUUAAAAAGGCUUUUUGCCUUUUUUUUGUUGCCUUCACAAACAUGUCGGUGUCAGGGAAGAAAGAGUUUGAUGUGAAACAGAUCUUGAGGCUACGCUGGAGAUGGUUUAGCCAUUCCUCUCAAGGCUCGGCAGGUAACGGAGGCUACAUCCAGCAGGAAGGUUUCGAGCACAGGGGCACGCCAGUUCAAAACCGGCUAAAGAGUCAUUCUCGGGACAGGAGUGGACUUCGCAAGAGCAGCAGUCCCGUGCACAGCAUACUGCCGCCAACCCUGGCUCCAACACCAGUCUGUGCUAGACCUGCUAAUCAAUCACGGAACCAGCAGAACAUCACAGAACACUUGCAGGUGAAUGAUGGGCUGUCCAAAAUCAGCUCGCAAGAGAAUUCCGGGAAGGAAGAUUCCAAAAAUGGAAAAGAGGAUGUAAAUUCAACUGCUGAAGACCCUUUGGAGGAGGAGGCAAGGGAGAGGUUAUCAGUAAGCAGCUACUCUGACGCCAGGAUGAACUCCAACUGCUCUGAUGAGUUUUUUCAAGCCAUGAAUCAUGCCGAGCAGACUUUUCGCAAGAUGGAGAACUACCUCCAACACAAGCAGCUGUGCGAUGUCCUCCUGAUUGCGGGAGAUAAUAAAAUCCCAGCACACAGGCUUGUUCUCAGUGCAGUCUCAGAUUAUUUUGCUGCAAUGUUCACUAACGACGUACGUGAGGCAAAACAAGAAGAGAUUAAAAUGGAGGGUGUGGAUCCAGAUGCUCUUAAAGCUCUUGUACAUUAUGCAUAUACUGGUGUACUGGAGCUGAAAGAGGAGACUAUUGAAAGCCUCCUUGCUGCAGCCUGCCUUCUUCAGCUUCCCCAAGUGAUUGAGGUGUGCUGCAAUUUUCUUAUGAAACAGCUGCAUCCCUCCAACUGCUUAGGAAUCCGAUCAUUUGCUGACGCACAGGGAUGCAUGGAUCUGCUAAAUGUGGCUCACAGUUAUACUAUGGAACACUUCUUGGAGGUGAUACAGAAUCAAGAGUUCCUCCUGCUCCCAGGUCCUGAGAUAGUUAAGCUUCUGUCAAGCGACGAUAUCAAUGUGCCCGAUGAGGAGACUAUAUUCCAGGCUUUGAUGAUGUGGGUGAGACACGAUGUUCCAGCCAGGCAGAAGGAGUUGGGUCUUCUGCUUUCCUUCAUCAGAUUGCCGCUGCUGCCACCACAGCUUCUGGCUGACCUGGAAAACAGUAAAAUGUUUGCUGAUGAUCUGGAAUGUCAGAAACUGCUUAUGGAAGCAAUGAAGUACCAUCUGUUACCAGAGAGAAGGCCCAUGCUGCAAAGCCCCAGAACGAAACCAAGGAAGUCCACUGUUGGAGCUUUGUAUGCAGUGGGAGGCAUGGAUGCUUCCAAGGGCGCCACUACAAUUGAAAAAUAUGAUCUCCGUACAAACACUUGGAUACAAGUGGGCACAAUGAAUGGCAGGCGGCUGCAGUUUGGAGUCGCAGUGAUUGACAACAAGCUGUAUGUUGUGGGAGGCAGAGAUGGACUGAAAACCUCUAACAUGGUUGAAUGCUACAACCCAGUAACCAAAGUGUGGUCUGUAAUGCCACCAAUGUCCACACACAGGCAUGGAUUAGGAAUUGCAGUUCUUGAAGGACCAAUGUAUGCAGUUGGUGGACAUGAUGGAUGGAGUUAUCUAAACACAGUAGAGAGAUGGGACCCUCAGGCAAGACAGUGGAAUUACGUAGCCAGCAUGUCAACACCAAGAAGCACAGUGGGAGUAACAGCCCUCAACGGGAAAUUAUAUGCAGUGGGUGGACGGGAUGGCAGCUCUUGUUUAAGGUCAAUGGAGUGCUUUGACCCUCACACCAACAAAUGGAGUAUGUGUGCACCUAUGUCCAAACGGAGAGGAGGAGUCGGAGUUGAGACGUACAAUGGAUUUCUGUACGCAGUCGGUGGCCACGAUGCUCCUGCUUCAAACCACUGCUCUCGUCUUUCAGACUGUGUGGAACGGUAUGAUCCAAAGACUGACACUUGGACAACAGUGGCCCAGUUAAGCGUUCCACGGGAUGCAGUCGGCGUGUGCCUGCUUGGAGACAGACUAUAUGCAGUUGGUGGAUAUGAUGGACAGACUUACCUGAACAGUGUUGAGUCAUAUGAUACACAGAACAAUGAAUGGAACACGGAGGUGUCUCUCAACAUUGGAAGGGCCGGAGCCUGCGUUGUGGUUGUCAAACUUCCAUGAAGACGAAACCUUCUCUGAAACAAAAGGUCCUUUGUGCGGCAAGAAAACCUAAAGUCAUCUUUUCUGUAACAAAGCACAAACGACAUCUUUUGUGAGGGACUUCUGCUAAUUUGAGCCAUUACUUGAUUCAUAUGGACAGAAUGAAACAUGUGGAUUACAUUCCUAACCGGAAACCUGAACAAUUGUGAGCAAAGAGAAAGUGACCAAAUUAUACCUGCUUUAGUUCACUUGAAUAUCUUUCAGUUAUUUAACAUGAAAAUGUAGACUGUACUGUGUCACCAGGAACACAUUUUAUAACAGUUGGCAAAACAUUGGGGAUAAGCUCAAGUAGUAUCAAAAAUUGUCCAACUUAUAUUUUUUGAAAAGCAGAAUACAUAUUUUUGAUCUUGAUUGAAUUAUAAGUAAACUUUGAUUAUUUGCUGCAAAUGUGGGCUCUUAACACUGUUUUGGAACGCAAAUGUGUGGCUAAUACUUCAGGAAAUACAAAAGCGUCAACACCAUAAAACUAAUGAGAAACUCACUAGUUUAAACAGAGGACUUGGAAGUCCAUUUAAUUGGAGCAAAUAAAACACUCUCGAUUACGAACAAAUUCUUGUCAAAAGCCUGACUGGCAACUUUUGGUUAAAGCAGUUGACAUACCUUUUAGAUCACAACUGGUAAAGCUGAUGUAUGUAUUUUCAGUGUCUCUGUACUGUUAGCAGCUGUGAGUUUUUUCCAUAAUGGCCCAUCAAUGCUUGUCCAAUUCCUAGCAGUCAAUUUUCAUCUGUGGUCCUGAUUCUGGUCUCUGUUUCGCUUGACGUGGUGACUAGACGUUGUGACUCCUGACAGGAUUUUAAAGACUUUGGUUUAAAGUCUUCAGGAGUCCUAACCUUUAGCCCUCAGAUUUGUAUUGUUGCUCUUUGCUGGACUCUCCAAAGCAGCUGUUUCUUUUCUAGUCUGGGGACUAAAACUGAAUGCAGUAUUCUGGUGAGGAUAUCACCAGUGCAACCUUGUAACCUCCCUUGAUUAGUCCAACAUUUUGACAAUCGCCUCAUUAAUUGCUUCUCUACACAACCUGAAAUAAACACGAUUGCUGGAUACAUUUUGUACACAUACUCUUACAAUUAGAUGACUGCACAGUUCUUCUUUCAGUGUAUUUUUUUUUUUUUUGCAGAUGCAGCAGUAUUGCCAAACCAUUUGUGAUUUAUCAGAUUGUGAAAUAGAGGGAUCACUGUAUCUAGAAAAUUCGUAUUACUGUAAAUUGUAAAGAAACGUAUUCAAAUGUAUGUACAUUAUCAUAAAUGUUACAUUUUUACAUAUCUGUUGAACACAAGACAUUAUUCCACACGCUUUAAAUCAGUUUUUCUAAUAUAAGUUAUCAUGCUACUAACACCUAAUUUGCAUACCUAAUAAAACCUAGGUCUUAAAUCCCUAGGUUUUAUUAGGUAUACAAAUGAGAGGGGGGGGGGGGGGGGAUAUAUGCUCCUGACUGACAUACUUGUUUACAUUGUUUAUUAUCAUAUUUACAGUUCAUAACAUUUUGUGGAUGGUGGAUGACUUCCUCUUUGACACUAAUAGACACAAGACAUAUUUUAUGAGGGUUGUAGAUUUGUACCUUUCUUGUCAGUGCUGCUGUGUGCGUUUUAAAGGAAAAUAGUUAUGUGUUUAUAUAAAUAACAAUGCUUUCAAAGACACUGUGAAUAUCUUUUUACUGAUAUGAGAGAAAAGAUUCAAAUUGUGUUUUAUUAAUACACAGAAAAAUCCAGAUGUGUUAGCUUUCGAAGAAGAGCACUUGAAAACAAACAAAUGUAUUUAAGGUAAUGGUAUAUAACAUAAUAGGAUACUUUGUAAACCUUAUAAAUAAUUGUAUAUAGCAACAUUGAGGCUACAGUGAGUCAUGGACACAUUAUAUUUAAGCUGUUUUCAAGUUAUAGGUGACACAUUUGUUAGCUCAAUCACACCAAAGUCAGUAGUAUAUCAUUUUUGUACACACUUAGUUAAACAUUUAUAUAUCAUAUUGAUAUUGUACAGUUAUGUACAUUUUUAUCUUAGUCUGCUAACAACUACAGUCAUGUAUGUAAUCUCUAAAUAUCUUGAAACGUAUGUGUGUACUAUAUAAUGUGAUUCUUUUAGGCAUGAUAUGGUGGUUUACAUUUGCUUUCCUCUGUUAUUUCAGUAUUUAUCUUAUUGAAUGAUACUGCUUGUCAUUGGAGAAAAAAAGAAAACUGUAAAGGUUAAUAUCAUUUUUGUUAUACCUAUUAUGUGCCAAUGUUGUCAUUUUUGUGUCAGCAUUAAAACCUGUAUACACAGAUUAAGGAGGGUGGGACUGGAAAUGACAGGUAUGAUAUGGUGGUUUACAUUUGCUUUCCUCUGUUAUUUCAGUAUUUAUCUUAUUGAAUGAUACUGCUUGUCAUUGGAGAAAAAAAGAAAACUGUAAAGGUUAAUAUCAUUUUUGUUAUACCUAUUAUGUGCCAAUGUUGUCAUUUUUGUGUCAGCAUUAAAACCUGUAUACACAGAUUAAGGAGGGUGGGACUGGAAAUGACAGGUACUGUUGGUUUAACUGGAAUGUUGAGUACAAUGUAUCUGGUUCUGGUUCCUAGUCCUAAAGCUGCCAGAGUUUGAUGUUGAACACAGAUGUUUUAACAAGAGUUAGAACCAGGCUGCAGACUGAGGAUCUUAUUACUUGGAAGAGCCAUUUAAGAAAUAACGAUGAUUUGAAAACUGCUGAACAGUUUUUAAUUAUAUUAAGCAUUUUUGUAUGGCAUGCUAUUCUACAAAUAAAGUGAUUUAUUCUCUAGAAUG